AUGUCAGAAGCCGUCCAGCCCGCCAUAUUUUGGGGGCUCUGCGUGCGUCGCUGUCCGCUGGAGACGUACGGAGCCUCUCCAGAGAAUAUUCAAAUCCAAGCAGGCAGAGGACAGAGGGACAGCCCGGAGAGGAGAGCUCAAGACUGGGGGGAAAGUAGUGCUGUCAGAGGGAAGACCCGGCGAGCACUCCAACCACCUGUAGGACUGGAGCCGGAGCCAAAACACCAAAAGUUUACCUGCCUCUCAGCAGCGGAGAAGACCAGGAACGGAUUCUAA